AUGACGUUACAUGCCAUGGAUCUGGACAAGAACUGCGAUGGCGACUUUGCCAUGCAGAGAUAUCUCCUCCUUCAGGGACAACACGAGGAGCUCACACAACACAUGUACGACUUGUGCCCGGCAUACUCGUGCGCUUCAUCUACAGUGAUGACGUCGCCGUCUCUUUCGCCUACUCGCUCGGCUACACUCAGCCCUCUCUCGAGCAAGCACACAUCCCCCUCUCGCAAUCACCGGCGGUCUUCCGGAGCCAAUAGGCCAGGAUCGAGAAUGGCCUCUAGUCUCUUGGAGCCCGUGCUCGAUGAGGAGAUUAUGGGGGAAAUGAAGGCAGACGAGCAAAAGCUCUGCAAUGUCAAUGAAGGCAUCAAGCGAGCAUUGACGGAGCUCCUCAACAGUGAUGCCGUCAGAAACGACCGUGCCAUGAGGACAUGGGUACAGACGAGACUGAUGGACACGGAGAGGGAACUGAGGACAGGCAGACGCCGGAGGAGCAACGGAAGUACUGAUUAG